AUGUUAGGUGUAGAGGAGACGAUUAAACUGAUCGAAAUACUGUCUUUUCUUUUAGGUGGCUUGGACUUUUUCUUUUCUCUACGUUCCGAAGCCGUCGCCUUUGUAGAUUAUGUUAGUAAGCUUGUCCCUUGCCGAGUGCAGACCUCCCAACAGCUGAAGUCCCAUGAUGUGCACAGCAAUACAUAUAAUUACAAAUUUACCUUCUGCCUUGAUGUCGUACCCAUCUGCAAGAAUGAUGUGGUCUGUCUUUCCAAACAGUUUUGCAAUCGCCUUGGCUUGGGUAAUCAAAUUCUUCUUGUGAGUAGAAUCACCGACAAGAUUCGACUGUUGGAUCCUGUUUCCUGUGUCGCUAAGGACAUUGAUGUCCAGACCUACUAUGCUAAUCCCUUCGCGUCGAUUUCGAGUCCUCGUAAUGUGUCAGAGUUCUUUGUGAUGGAUGUAGAGAGUGAUGCCCAUGGCAAAAUCCAGUCGUCGCCGGCAGAACCUGAGGUUGAACAGGUCAACAUGAAACCUGCAGGUGUUUGGGUAGUUCCAUCGGCUUACUUGGGAGUGGAAGGGGAAGAUGGUGAACAGAUCUAUGUCCGUACUCACCUUGGACACGUAGUCAAAAUUGGAGACUCGGUUAUUGGACUAGAUCUGAGGAACGCAAACAUAAAUAAUGUGGAAUUUGAAAAUAUUCCGGAAGAGAAAAGACCACAAGUGGUCCUGAUUCAACGCCUUUGUUCCUCUUCCAAUCGAAGACGUCGACGGCACCGGGAUUGUGUAUCCUUGGAUGGGGAGAGCGUUAUGGAGACGGAAACUGCGCCCACCACUGAAGCUGGCUUGGUUUCCGAUACGGAAAUGGAAGGCAACGAAGACAAUGCUGGUGACAGCGAUGAUACGAUUUCAGAGUACUCCGACAGUGAGUACAUGGAUGCUGAAGAAGGUACAUUUAUCGGAUGA